CAACUCAGCUCUGAUUAAUAUCUUGGAUAAAACUUCAAACAUUUCUCAUACAGUCGCAAGUCACCACAACAACUCCACUCUUCUCCGACGUAUUCCUCCCAGACAUCGUCCUUCUCCACCUAGUCUCUGAAUACGCACGAACUAUGGUUCAAUUCGUAAUUACGCCUUGGCGAACGCGUCGCGAGCUUCUCCAAGUGCGCGAAAAACUUUACCAAAAUACUGAGACAACCCCUCCUAAUGAUUCUCAUCGCCGACAAGCCGUAUGCCUCAUAUCCGUAUGGAUGCAACGAGGAAAUUGCCCGCAUCUCGUUGAGUCCUCUGCGAUCAUUACUUCGGCUAUUCUAAACGAUGUUCCUGGAAAUUCACCCUAUUGCGUGAGAGCUGCUUAUUCUGCUGCUUUCUGUCGUUUCGUUACAGGUCUCCUAGAUAGUCAUCAAGAUAAACGUCGCAAAUUAAGUAUGUACUCAAUUGCGAAAACUAUUGGUCUACCAGCCACAUACGUCGAACUUCGGCAUCAGGCUACUCACGAAGAACUCCCUUCACUUCCUAAACUUCGAAUCGCUGCGCGCAAAGCAUUGAAGUGGAUUUGGGAUUUUUACUGGGCAGAUUUAUCAAUCGAUGAAAAGGACGAUGAUUGCAAGAUAUUCGUACGAGGGGUUCUAGAGCAGAAACAUCAAGGAAUCAAUCUGAAUAUGAUAAAGGAUCGACUUGAAGCCUAUGGGGUAGACGACCUUCUUCGCGCGCUAGGUGAACUUGAGGAUUCUUUAGAAGAUCCAAUGACGAUAUUACAAGCGCACAAUUUCCGACAAAAGAUAUCUGAUUGGGAAGAAUCUAAAUCUCCCAAAAGUAAUAGCACGUCUGUUCCCAAUACAAAUGCCCAGGAUCUUGACGAUAUCCGAGCGGGAAUGGUGAAAAUGGAACAUGAUUUGGAUACUGCCGCUGCAUCCAUACAAAUAUCUAAAGACGACAAAUCUUCUGCGAAUAGUACGGAGAAAGGCUGGUCGCGCUGGGAAGGGCCAUGGGUCCCAAAACCAAUAGGAGUGCUGUAGUGCACAGAUUUGGAUUGAUGCCCAAUAUUAAUGACCACGUGCCCCAGUAUAUUAUGCCCUAGUACAACGGCCAAAAGCUCAACCCUACUCAAAGCAAUCUCUAGCAUCAAGAUUGUCCUCUAUAUUCCAUGUCUCGAGCGUCGAAUAUUGCGGAUUGAGCGGAUGCUUCAAGAGUGGGGUUUAGGUGUACGAUGAUUAUCUCGUGCAGCAUAUCUUUGGUUUAAUGCUAGGGUGAUGCGCGUUGAGCAGUUCCCGUUCUCCAUAUAGAGAAGAAUGCAUUCAAUGCAUAGCUCCCGGGUUGUGGUGGGUCAUGAAAGUUCUUGAUAAAUAUGAGAGUUGGUAAGGAGGGCUUGUGCAUGUAAGCCAUUUUGAUUUUCCCAGUCAGUUACACCAUAUUCUUCAUGAAUAUUUAGCCAUGGAAUUUUUCCUGCUUUGUCAACAUUAUCUCUUUACACAAUGCUACAUUCCUCAACCAGACUCUGCAAGAUUAAUAUCCUUGGGCAAGAUUCAAGAUACAUUGGUCCUUGGUCAAGGGUAUACGUCAAAUGAGUAUUGCCAAAUUCCUCAAAUUAUUACCUUUUUUUUUUACUACAGAUUUAUGUAGGCGAGUCCAUUUCCAAUUUUUAUGCACCUUUUUUUUCGACCAAGUCGAUUUCUGUGUAAGAUGCAGAUUCUUUCAACCUGUCAAUGGCAGAAAGGCAGAGAGAGAAAGCACCGAGAAUGGAAGUAAUAUUUUCGACUUUACGGGCACAUCGGUUGAUUUCCAGAAAUCUUACGCACCUCAAUUUGUGCUGCUUUAGUGCCUAUUGGCGUGCACUCAUCCGCUUUGUUUCAUAUGGGCUCUCUCCACCGCUAGCUUCUCUCGGCUUCAUUCUUUUAUCGAACUUCCUUAAUAGCCGAGAAUAAUUUGAAGUUUGUGCAACGGAUGAGUGAUUGCAUAACCUUGGUUUGAAUUCUAGCUUUUGGAAAGGCUUGAUAAUGCAAUGAUCGUUCGUUGGGUCCUGAAAGAAAAACUCCAAAAGCCUCCACGAUCAGAACUCCAGAUCUCCAACUUUGAGAUGGCGGGCUAAGAGAUUGUGUAAUGAAACUAACGCAAUAAAGUGGCAUCUGGGCCGAUGUACUUGUCUGUAGAGAACAUGUCACUUUUUUUGCUGAUAGCUGUUUAAGUGUUUAGAUCGAGAUGGACCGGUUUAAAAGAAUUUAGGGUGUAAAGGAAGAAUUAAAGAAGAAAGUCUAUUCAUGCCGGUUCCC